AAUUAGGGGUUAAAAUAACGGCACCGUUAGUUCUUCUUAUUCUGUUUUCCCUACGAGUCUCUCUCAGUACUGCUCCACUCUUCCAUUCCACCUUCUCCUUUCUCUCUCCACUUCACUUUCUCUCUCUACACCUCUCUUUCCCCUUACUACCACUCCAUGGAAUUCAGCAUUUAGGAACCCAGUUUUCCAAAGAUUCUUAUUCCAAUUUCAAGCAUUUCCUUCUUGAAAUGAAGAUCCUCGAUUCUUGGGCUUCUUCACACUAGGGAUUGUCAUCUUACUUCCUUCUCCAUGGCCAUUAGAGGCGUUGAUUUCAAGUGGUACGAUGGGUUCUUCCUGUCUAUGCUCGCGACUAGUGUUGUUAUUGUUGCUAUUAAUUGGAAGCGUUAUCAUGGUUGUACGUACCCAUUGAACAUAUGGAUUGUGGUUGAUUACACCGUGGUGUUUGCUUUUCGUUUGCUUAUGUUCGUAGAUAAUGGACUUGCUGCUGGAAUGGGUUUGGAUUUUGGUUGGCAGCAGAGGUAUGCUCGUUUUUGUGGAAGAGUAGUGGUACUCUCCAUACUUUCUCUGCUACUCUACCCAUUUCUCUGGGCUUGGACAGUAAUUGGUACCCUGUGGUUUAGAAGAGGGAAAGUUUGUUUGCCAGAACAAGGUCAGAAAUGGGGCUUCCUUAUUUGGUUACUUUUUAGCUACUGUGCACUCCUCUGCAUAGCUUGUAUGUCAUUUGGCAAGUGGUUGACACGGAGACAGGCACACUUAUUACGUGCACAACAAGGAAUUCCUAUUUCAGAGUAUGGGGUACUUGUUGACAUGGUUCGUGUCCCUGAUUGGGCAUUUGAAGCUGCAGGUCAAGAAACAAGAGGUAUGGGCCAAGAUGUUGCUACCUACCAUCCAGGAUUAUACUUGACUCCAGCUCAGAGGGAAGCAGUCGAAGCAUUAAUUCAGGAACUUCCUAAGUUCCGCCUAAAGGCCGUCCCAACUGAUUGCAGUGAGUGUCCAAUCUGCUUGGAAGAGUUUCAUGUUGGCAAUGAGGUUCGUGGGCUUCCUUGUGCUCACAACUUUCAUGUGGAAUGCAUUGAUGAGUGGCUUCGACUGAAUGUAAAAUGUCCUCGGUGUCGCUGCUCGGUCUUCCCAAAUCUUGACCUUAGUGCCUUGUCUAAUCUCCGUGCUGACUCUGAACGAUCAUCUGUCCCUAUUAUGAUGACUAGUCGUUACAUAAGAGACCAAUCUCCCAGUCAGAGCUAUUUUUUAAGAAUGCACGGUCUGCUUCACCCUGUCCAUUCAGAAAAUGCUGGAACGGGGAAUGAUGCAGAUAGUGACUUGGAAUCUGGGGCGGAUGUUGGUCCUCGUAGUCGAUCAAGCAUGGAGCUGAUCACAUCUAAUUUACACAUUCCACCUGGUCAGUCCACUCCACCAGAACGCUAAACCUGUCUGCUGGAUUAUUUUUCACAAAAUUUUAACACUUUUUCUAACCCUUUGCUGAGGAAAGAUAAAUGAUAUUUUGUCAAUACCAUGACCAUCGCAUGGUAAGUUCUUGUGCUGGUCAUUGCAUACUUAGUUGGAGAAAUUAUAUCUGUAAAUUGUAAUGAAGAAAACUGCAUCAUUGCUCCACUAGUAUAUGGAUUAUAGGAAAACUCGGGGAAAACAGUGCCCUUAUUUUUUUUUUCCUUUUGGUAACCAGUGUAGAAUAAAUUUGUAGUGUUUGUGGCUGCAAUUGCUUUACUGUAAUUUUCUUGGUUCUUUAUAUACCUUUUGGGAUUUUUUUAUA